GCGGACCCCCCUCCCUCGCCGCCUUGCGCCUUCCACCUCCUCGCCGACGAAGUCAACCAGACACCCCCCGUUCCAAUCCUUCUCUCGUCGACCGGCGUUGCCCUCCUCUACUCCUCCCCACCCUGCUGGUGCUUCACUGCCGUCAAGUGGAGAACUGGAGAUCCAUUCAUCCGAGCUCGUACUCGACAUCGUAACAAACCCUACCCUUAUUGUUCAGCUGAACCCCCAUGCCACACGUCAACGCCAAGGUGACGGCUGUGCCUGCUACCGCGCUCGGGAUGCCGGCUGCGGCCGCGGCACUGCCGAGGAAGUGGGAGGGGGUGGACCCGGCGCUGGAGAGGAUGGUGCUGCGGGCGUGUCUGGACCAGGCCCCGGAGCGCCGCCGCGUGCGUGAGGCCUUCAAGGGCGUGCAGCUCAGCAUUGACCACUGCCUCUUCAAGGCACAGUACGAUGGCAUCAGAACAACUGAGUCAUAUGAGCUGAACUCGAGAGGUGUCGAGAUAUUCUCAAAAUCUUGGUUUCCAGAGAAUCGUCGCAUGAAAGCAAUUGUUUGUCUCUGCCAUGGUUAUGGGGACACCUGUACCUUUUUCCUUGAUGGGAUUGCUAGGAAGAUUGCAUCAGCUGGAUAUGGAGUAUUUGCACUGGACUACCCUGGUUUUGGUCUUUCCGAAGGACUUCAUGGAUAUAUUCCAAGUUUUGAUACUCUUGUUGAUGAUGUAGCCGAAACUUUUGCUAAGUUCAAAGGGAAUCCUGAUUAUAGAGGUCUCCCAAGCUUUCUGUUUGGCCAAUCUAUGGGUGGAGCAGUUGCAUUGAAGAUUCACUUUAAGCAACCAAAUGAAUGGAGUGGUGCAAUUCUUGUUGCACCCAUGUGCAAGAUGUCAGAUGAUGUUGUUCCAGCUUGGCCUGUUCAGCAAGUUCUAAUUUUCUUGGCUAAAGUCCUUCCAAAAGAGAAGCUUGUUCCACAGAAAGACUUGGCAGAAUUGGCCUUCAAAGAGGAGGAAAAACGAGAGCAGACUUCUUACAAUGUGAUUGCCUACAAGGAUAAACCACGUCUCCGAACAGCUCUGGAGAUGCUGAGGACCACACAAGAGAUAGAAAGUCGUCUAGAAGAAGUUUCCCUGCCCAUAAUCAUUUUGCAUGGUGAUGCGGAUUUGGUCACUGACCCUGCCGUGAGUAAAGAUCUAUAUGAAAAAGCAAAGACGUCAGACAAGACACUGCGGCUAUACAAAGAUGCCUACCAUUCCAUCUUGGAAGGUGAACCCGAUGAGGCAAUUUUCCAAGUUCUUGAUGAUAUAACCUCUUGGCUGGAUCAGCAUUCCAUGAAGGAAGGAUCUUCCUCAUGAAGUGCACAGAUCUCUUUUUGUCAAGCAUCACAGAUCCAACGGAUGGGAUUCCAUUUUUGGUUUCCCCCCCUAGAUUCACAGCCUUGUUUUCUGCAUCUAGCGUUCAUCUGGGAUGUGAUGUGCGUAUGUGACGAGUUUAUAUUUAAGUGUAACAUUCUCCUUUUAAGAGAACUCAGAUACGGUGCUGUGCUGUCUUUCGGUUUUUUCCUUUA